AACAAGGCAAUUCGCAGUUUUGGUUGGCCCCGCUCAGUUUUGGUGGUAACCUCAAAUCAAGGUUGAGUCAACCUUGGUGCCCCUCGACGUCAGCACAUCACCACACAGCUGAACACCUGAAAUUAUCGACUUCAAUUGUUUGUACUAGUGUACUAUUGAAAACUGCUAAAUUCAAAUCACCCACAGGACCACCACAACACAAUGCCUGCCUCUCUGGAUAUCCAACUGGUCAACCGAUCAACAGCAAAUGUCUAUGCCUUCAUCACGGGGCUGGCCAUUCAGCACAAUAUGACCCGUGUCUUUCUCAAAUCAGAUGGCAAGGGGCUUUACUUCCCCGAAUCGCCUCCUCCGGGCCGGAUCCUGCAACCGCUCACUGAGGACUGCGCGAUCCCACUGACGCCUCGCACCACGGUCGCCGUCACUAUCCCGCAAAUGGCCGGCGGGCGCAUCUGGUUCAGCGCCGGGAACAAACUCACCUUCCUCCGAAAUCCAGGGGGACCGGGCGGGGGCGCGGCCCUGGUCGAGCCGUCUGUGCUCAACCCGAGCGAUCCCAACGCCGACGUCGACUUCGCCUUUUGCGAGUUCACCCUCAACAACGACCAGAUCUUUGCCAACAUCACCUACGUCGACUUUGUUCCCCGCAUGCCCAUUGCCCUGACACUGCACACACGGGGAGGUGGCGUGCAGCAGGUCCGGGGCAUGCCGGCGAACGGCCUGGGCUUGGUGUGCGCCUCCCUGCGAGCGCAGGCUGCCCAGGACGGACGCCCGUGGGAUAAGCUUGUCGUGCAGCGCCCGGGGCAUGAGAAGCCGCUACGUGCACUGAGUCCGACGCAUGGCAAUGCUGUUGGGGCGAGCUUCGCGGGCUACUUCGAGCCGCUCGUCGAGGCGGCAUGGAGGAAGUAUCGCCAGCAACAUGCACAUCACAAUCAACCUCAGAAGCCGGAGAGGCGGCAUCAUAGAUUUCGGCUCCCCCUUCUCGACCGCGGCCCGGAACCAGAGACACAAGCCCACCAGCAGAGAGCGGUAUUGCGCAUCAACACCCAAGCUGCACCGGGCAUUCUAGAAGGGAGCGUACCGAGCGGCUCCAACGACUUGGUCAUCGGAGGGGAGCCCUUCGGUCGACCCACGACGUCGGACAUACUGGGCUGCAACAGCGGGCCCUUCACGACGGGGCCCUCCCCGAAACGCAACGCAAUAAUCCCGCGACUUGCGGCGGCUUUUCAGAGGGGCUGUAUUGUCGAUGUGGCCGAACAUCCCUCACACCCGGAGACGUUUUACAGGUGCGAUCCGAUGAACCACUAUGCCAGGAUUGUCCAUAUGCAUAAUAUCGACGGCAAGGGAUACGCCUUUGCGUAUGAUGAUGUGCAGCCCGACGGGGGCGAGGAUCAGAGCGGGAAAGUCAAUGCGGGCGACCCCAAGGUGUUGGUUGUUGCUGUCGGGUAAACCGGUGAACAGAGGAUCAUGCGGAUGAUGGAAAAUUUUAAGGAGUUCUGGCAGUUAGCCACGGAUACAUGUGUUGGAACUUAGGAGGUAUCCUGGACGAGCGCUGCUUGUUGAAGAUCGAAGUUGAUGAUAGCAUCCCAAAACAGAAAUACGCCUUCUCCGCAGUAAGGCCCUCGAUCGAUGGGCCAAUGUUGUUUUUCCAAGAGAGUUGCGAUACACUCAAGCAACAUUAUGCUGCUUGCCAAGCUGUCAGCAUCCCCGGAUGUCCCAAUCAGAGCCACAACCGAGCAAAGUUGCGGCCCAGUUACAGACCGAACAUAGCUGCAGUG